GGAACGGAAUAUGAAUAUAUAAAUAUAGAAGCCCGUGAGAUUUCGUGAGGCCAUAAAUCAGAAGGCGAAGAGGCGAGAGAGAGGAAGAUACAGAAGCCCUUAAGACUUCGUGUGGCAAUAAUCAAGAGGCGAGAGAUAAGAAAUCGCAGGUGUGAGGGAGAGGGAGAGAGGCAAUGGGGAUGGUCAAGGCGGUACUAGAGCACCCGGAGGAUCUGAUCCCUCUGACGAAGAUGAUGAUGACGGCAGAGCAAAUCAAGAGACAAAUCCCGCCGGAACCCCACUGGGGAUUCGCUUACUCUAUGCUGCAGAAGGUCUCCCGCAGUUUCGCACUUGUAAUUCAGCAGCUCGAUGCCGAUCUUCGCAAUGCUGUGUGCAUCUUCUAUUUGGUUCUCAGAGCCCUCGAUACUGUUGAGGAUGAUACAAGCAUUCCCGUUGACAUUAAGGUGCCAAUUUUGUUAGAAUUUCAUAAGCACAUAUAUGAUCGUGACUGGCAUUUCUCAUGUGGUACUAAUGCUUACAAGGUUCUGAUGGAUAAAUUUCAUUUUAUUUCAAUCGCCUUCUUGGAACUGGGUAAAAGUUAUCAAGAGGCAAUCGAAGAUGUUACCUUAAGAAUGGGUGCAGGAAUGGCCAAAUUUAUGUUCAAGGAGGUAGAGACUGUUGAUGACUAUGAUGAGUAUUGCCAUUAUGUGGCAGGUUUAGUUGGCUUGGGACUAUCAAAGCUUUUUCAUGCUUCUAAAUUGGAAAAUGUGGUUCCAGAUUUUCUUUCCAAUUCAAUGGGCUUGUUUCUUCAGAAAACAAAUAUUAUAAGGGAUUUUUUGGAAGAUAUAAAUGAGAUGCCAAAGUCUCGUAUGUUUUGGCCUUGGCAAAUUUGGAAUAAAUAUGCUAACAAACUAGAGGAUUUGAAAUAUGAGGAGAACUCUGUAAAAGCAGUGCAAUGCUUGAAUGACAUGGUAACCAAUGCGUUAGUUCAUGCUGAAGACUGCCUCAAGUACUUGUCAAAUUUGAAGACUCAUAGUAUAUUUAGAUUCUGUGCCAUACCUCAGGGCUUACUGCUAGAAUCAGUGACCAAACGAGAUCGAUGGCAGAUGUUUAUGGUGCAUUUUAUGAUUUCUCUUCCUUGCUCGAGACGAAGAUUGAUGAGAAGGAUCCUAAUGCUAUCCUCACUCGCAAGCGUGUGGAUGCUAUAAAGAAAGCAUGCGUAUCAACUGGCUUACUAAAUAAGAGGGGACUUUAUGUGGUGAGAAAGCGGGCAAUGUACAGUUCUGUAUUGAUAAUGGUCGUGGUCCUCCUCCUUGCUAUCUUUUCUGCUGCACCGUUGAUGAAAUGGUGAUUCGUCACAGCUAAAGCUUUGUCUGUCAGGUUCGGUACGUUUGUGUAAAUUUGGGAAGCAGUUACCGUAGCGCUUGAAGAUAUUUUUGAAGUUCUGCGUAAUUAUUUUAUUUACAAGUGUAAAAUUAUAUGAAUAUUCUGUGAAAAUUUUAAGAAAAUGUAACGCAAGCAAUAGUAGGCUAUGUCCCCUUUAGAGGUAUUUCACCAUAAGAUGAGCUUCUGUUUCUGUAAUUGGUUUGAGGAUAACUUUAUCCCAGAGAGUAAAUUGUUGUGGUUGAUAUUGCUUGGUUGAUUGA